AUGGCCGACAUUUCCAUGGGCAGCAACCGGAGCGGCUCAAGCACGAAGGAAAAAGCGCGAGCUUGUGCCUACUGCAACAAGUCGAAAACGAAGUGCAUCUGGCCUGGCGAACCGGGCGUUGGUGCGUGUACACGAUGUGUUCGUUUGCGACGCCAAUGUACUGUGCCUCACCACGGUGAAAGGCGACGGCGUGGACCGUCCACUCGAGUCGGCCAACUGGAGGAAAAGAUCGAUGGCCUCGUUUCACUGCUGAACGCUUCGAGACAAAUUCAACAACAGUCUUCGGCAGCAGAACCGUCUUCCUCGACAUCUGAACUCCAACAGGCGACGUCGGCGGCGUCAGCCCAGGACCGGUCAUCGGCCUCGGAAUCCUAUUGUAUACUCCCCAUGAGUUGUAUCCACGUCAAUGAUGGACACCUUGGAGAUUGUGCUGGUCAGCAUGCACAGGAUUGCCUGCCUCCGCACCAUAACGCCCUCCAGACUCCGACUUCUACCGUCCAGACUUCGUCUCCAGCGUCUGAGCCUACAAAGAGCUACAUACCGCCAACGGCAUAUGUCGAUAUCAUUCCACAACCAUACGGCUGCCUGCGCAUAACCAUGGGUGAGGCAGAACGCUUGCUCAAGCUGUACCAAACCGACUAUCAUCCUCGAUUCCCUUUUGUGCCCAUCCCACGGAAUACAACAGCGCAAGACCUCUUCCAGAGGGCACCAUUCUUGUUCCGGACCAUCCUUCAAAUCGUUGCCCCACAGACCGCCGCUUUGCAACGUGGUUUCACCGUUUGGUUUCGUGAGUAUAUUGCAACCCAUCUGGCAGUUGGACUGGUAGUAGAUCUGGGCCUCAACAGCCACAAACCCUCUAAACAUGUCGUCAAUGGUGCAAACCAAUUUGUGGAAGAUGCGAGACGUCUCAGCGGCUUCAAAGGACGGCCGGCUCAUACACUAGAAGAUAUGCGGGCCUAUCUCGGAUGCUUCUAUGUCAGUUCACUCGCUGCGGCCUUAUUUCGACAUAUUCCCGUGAUUCCCUGCUCCAGCUACAUAUCCUUUUGCUGUGAAAAGAUCGAGACAGAGGCAGAGUACAUGGAGGACACGUAUCUGGUAAUUCUCGUUCGAAUGCAACGCAUUGUUUGUAGGAUUCUGACGGUUUUCCCGCCUCCUGACUCGGAUGGGAGCGGCACCAUGACCUUCUCAGCAGCCGCACACAUGGCCAUGACAACUUUGCGUGCUGAUCUGGAGGACCUCAAAAUGCAAGCACCAAAGCACCUCUGGGACAACUUGUCUUUUGAUAUUGCGUUCAAAGGCAUACUCGCCAGGCUAUACGAACCCGUGAUAUACAUGACAUCAUCGUCAGUUUCCUCCGUUGACGGCAUCCGAAAGUCAGAAGCAAUGUGGUGCUGCCUAGAUGCUGUCAAAGCAUCAUUGGAUGUGUACGCCUCAUACCCCGUAGCGGACCUCAGUUAUCUACCCUUCAACACCUACUGUCAUAUGACAUUCGCCCUGAUAACCGCCGCACGCUUGGUCAUAUUGCAAGAUCCGGAUUGGAAUAACAAGCUCGCCGGCGAGAGCCUUGACUUUGCCGGCAUAACGCAACGCCUCAGUGAGCGGUGUGAUCAGGCGGACAACGUGGCCAUUGCAGAAGAAUGGCGUCGAAAGCGCAAAUACGUCAACGAUACUCUGUCAGUAAUGGCCAUGCACCGCGACAAGCUCCGAUGGAUUCGGUCGUGGUAUCUCUCCAAGAUUGCCGCGCCCAAUCCUGCUGCUACUGGAAAUAAUCCGCUGGAGCCCCAGCCGGACUCACAAUACCAGGGACAAGCAAUGCCAGCUACCGAGAUGAUCGCAGACCCCGGGAACCCUGCGCUCGCUGAUGCACUGACGCCGAUGUCAUUCCUAGGCGACGAUUGGUGGCAAACAAUGAUGGAUGAUAUGAGCUUUCUUCAGCCAUAG